AUGCUGUUCACGGCACACCUGGUCACUCAGCUGGCCGCCAAAAUGGGGGCUUUUACUUGCAGCCCUGGUCACUGGGAUUUCUCAUGUGACAGCUGCAGGCGGAGAAAAAUAAUGAUAAGCCAAGUCGGACAAGAGCUCUACAAGGUGCCGCUUCGCAUUCUAGACCACCGGGUAUUUGUAAACGGCGAAAUCGAGAGUUUCCUCGAGAAUUUCGAGGUGCGUCGCAACGACAGCGAAGUGGAGAAACUGUUCCAGGUCACCGAGACAGUGGGAUCUCUGAAGUACGAUCUCUCCGAGCGGUGCAUUGCAUCCGGCACGCAGAACCUCACCCAACUGGACACGCAGGUGAACCAACUGCUGGACGGGGUCAACGCUCUCCUAGCGAAGGCGAAAGUGGAACACACGGCCAGCACCCAGUUGCAGGAGGCGCGACUGGCACGUGAGCAGCGUCGGGCGGAGUUCCUGACCAAUUUGGAGCACGGCUAUCGACGCAUCGAGAACUCGUUCGAGGAGAAGGAGGAGGAAAUCGCCGAACUCUACUCGGAUCUGCAGCUAAAACUGAACAUUGCCAAGUAG